AGAGCCUGCGCCUCAGGAACAUCUCCCUCCUUUCUGGGAGAGCACCCGAGAGGACACGAAACACCUCAGCCUCUCUAGCCUUCCAUCACGUCUUUGUGCUCAAAUAACAUCAAAAAGAACGAGCCACAGCAGAUGUGAGACCAUCACUCUUUACCUUUUGUCGGAUUAUCAGUUUGAAUGAGUUCCGCUUUCUUUGGCUCAACAUCAGCAUCAACUGAGCACUGCCAUCCUCCUCCUCCUCCUCAUCAUCAUCCUGUUUGUCUUCAUCCUCAUCCUCGUUCUCUGUCUUCAUUCAUCAAGCAGUCUCACCAUGUAUCUGGAGAACAAAACCAGCCUGGAGAUUGAAAUGUCUCAGACGGGAUCCCAAGGCCACCAGGGCAGGAGCAGCCUCAGGUCACCGAAGGCGGUGGCAGGGAACUUCGGGGAACUAUGUCUGCUGGAGGGCAUCUCGGAGAGGCUAGACACCCAGAAGCUGCAGCAGUCUGCAGGACAAUGCGUCAUCCACACUGAGGGCUUCGUCCCCAUUCGACAAGAGGACGGUUUCAGGAAUAAUUUCAGUGCUGUCAACAUCCUCAGAGGAAAAACUAACUCAGCCAACCUCACAGAGAGGUCGCCUCUGCUGCGAUUCUCUCAAGAUGACAGCAUAACCUACAUGACCCUGCAUGACCCCAGCUUUGUUGGAGGGGAGGAGCCCUGGAACAACGGCUCCCUGGACGUGGAGAGGCGGUACCGGCUGGGCAGCGAGGUCACCAGCCUGUCGCUAUCGCACUCCAGCUCCUCGGAGAAGUACGACCCUCUGGACAACCUCAACCUCAGCUUCAGGUUCACAAGCAACGUGAAAUGCUGCUUCAAAGUCUCCAAAACUGCAACCAUCUUUGCAUUUGUUGUUCUCUGCAGUCUGUUCUUCAGCAUGUAUCCUGAUCGCGACAACCCCUGGAGGAUGGUGGCAGUCUCUCCCACAGAGAGUUUCUCAAUGAAUGUGACUGAUUUUCGGGACAAUGCUUUACUGAAGCUACAAGUGGCCGGGCCUUUUGCAGGGGGGAUGAUAGAUUUGACCACUCAGGAGUACAUCCUCAUCCAGGUAGAGCAGACCGAGCAGCCAGGACAGCGGCGGAGGAGGACUCAGCAGGUGACUCAUAAUUGGACGAUCCCUCUACACGCAAAAAGAAGCGACCAGAUAGUGGAAACAAAAACCUUUGAGAUGCUCAACAGUGAUCCCAUCGCCAUCACAAUUCAGGCGUUCCUGCAGGAUAACGAGGUGGUGCCGCUAUCCAUGACCCACCAGUCGCUUUACGUCAGCGUGGAGACACAGGUGGCCAUUGCUGGAAUCAUCCUAGCUGGGGUCUAUGUUCUCAUCAUCUUUGAGAUUGUGCACCGCACCCUGGCUGCCAUGCUGGGAUCUUUGGCAGCCUUAGCUGCUCUGUCCAUCAUCGGGAAUAGACCCAGCCUUGUUACAGUGGUGGAGUGGAUCGACUAUGAGACGCUGGCUCUUCUGUUUGGCAUGAUGGUGCUGGUGGCCAUUUUCUCAGAGACUGGCUUCUUCGAUUACUGUGCAGUGAAGGCUUACCAGUUAGCCAGAGGAAGAGUGUGGCCCAUGAUCAUCAUCCUCUGUCUCAUUGCUGCCAUUUUAUCUGCUUUUCUGGACAACGUGACCACUAUGAUGCUUUUUACUCCCGUCACCAUAAGGUUGUGUGAGGUGCUUAAUCUAGACCCCAGACAUGUCCUGAUUGCAGAAGUAAUCUUCACCAACAUUGGAGGGGCCGCCACAGCUGUCGGAGAUCCGCCCAAUGUGAUUAUAGUAUCAAAUCAGGACCUGCGCAGAGAAGGGAUUGAUUUUGCCAGUUUCACAGGCUACAUGUUCCUCGGAAUAUGCCUCGUCCUUUUUACCUCAUUUCCUUUCCUGCGGAUGCUCUACUGGAACAAAAAACUUUACAACAAAGAGUCCAUUGAAAUAGUUGAACUCAAGCAUGAGAUCCUGGUUUGGAGGCAAACGGCUCAGCGCAUAAACCCCGCCAGCCGAGAGGAGACAGCUGUGAAAUGUCUUCUAAUGCAAAAAGUCCUCAACCUGGAGAGUCUGCUGCGAAACAUGAUGAAGACCUUCCAAAGACAAAUUUCUCAGGAGGAUAAGAACUGGGAGCAAAACAUCCAAGAACUGCAGAAGAAGCACAGAAUUACUGACAAAGUUCUGCUGGUGAAGUGUGUGUCUGUCCUUGGCGUUGUGAUCUUCAUGUUCUUUCUCAACUCCUUCGUUCCCAGCAUUCAUCUCGAUCUUGCACCCCCCCCGGCUUGGACUUUCAUCCCUGCUCUCACAGUGAGCUGCUACCCACUGCCUCCCCUACAGCUAGAUGAGGCUUUAGCCCAGCUGCAGCUUAUUGACUAUAUCGGAGAACAGACAGCACUGCUUAUAAAAGCGGUGCCAGAAGACCAGCGCUUGGCUAUAGCCAUUAUCUUGGUGAUGUGGGUCUCGGCUCUGGCUUCUUCUCUCAUUGACAACAUUCCCUUCACUGCCACCAUGAUUCCUGUUCUCAUCAACCUGAGUCAGGAUGCAGAUGUGAACCUGCCAGUUAAACCGCUCAUCUUUGCUUUGGCUAUGGGAGCCUGUCUGGGUGGAAAUGGCACAUUGAUAGGAGCAUCAGCCAACGUUGUGUGUGCAGGCAUCGCUGAGCAACAUGGAUAUGGCUUUUCCUUCAUGGAGUUCUUCAAGCUGGGAUUCCCCAUGAUGAUAAUGACAUGCAUGAUCGGCAUGUGCUACCUGCUGGCCACACACAUCGGGCUGGGAUGGAACAUGUGAAUUGUACCUGCUGCACAGAGAUCCAAAGAAACUGUGUGACCACUCCUCCAAGAGUCUGAGUUCACUGUAACGUGAUGUGUAACCUGACUGCUCAGUUUACCGGCAUUAUAUGAAGCACUGCAGCCAUAUUUUUCAAAGCACGGAAAAGUGUCUUUGAGUAAAGUGUAGACCAUCAGGGACCAGAUUUAUCUGAGCUUUGACCAAAAUGCAAGAAAUUUCUGAAACACAAAUGUCACCAGUCCAUUAUGGUGUACAUGGUGCUAUGGCUUCACAGGGUAAAAUAACUAGUGUUAAGCAUUUGAAGGUGUGCUCGCUGAUGUCAGACUGUCCGUUCUUUUGGAAACAGACAAAAAAGAAACAAAAAAAAAGAAAAAAUGGCCUGUUUAGAAAACCAGUCACGAACAUUACACCAGUGGUUUACCAAACUUCUGUUUAUAUUUACAACAAGAUCCAGUGAAAGGGAUUUUCUAAUGGUUUGUGUCAAAGGCAGCAUCAAUUUAACUGCAAAGAACCAAUGAGACAAGAAAGCAGUUGUAGACUGUGGUCGAAGCAUUGUAUACCACCUAGUGGAUUGUGUACAUGUAAACUCACUGAUUUAUUUCAGCAAUCAUAUUCAUCAUGUAAAUGCUCUCAAUGCACUGAACAGCAUCUUCUUACUUUAUCUGUUUUUCUGUAUGCAUUGUACAGCCCAAAAUCCUGAACAGCCAAAAGGAGAACGAAAAAAUAAAUCGAGGUAUAAACUUG